AUGACGGCCGAGAUGCAAUCCUUCUAUACUCCGUCUACCUCCACUCACAUCUCCCACGCCCCCACAGCCGUAGACGAACUCAUCAACAAAUACUCGUCGACUAUGGCCAGCACAUCGACGUCGCGCAGCCAACGCCGUAAUCCAUUCCAACGCUUCUUCGAUCGGGUCCGACUCGAAUACUACCGCUACGAGGUCACCUUUGGGUUAUACGUGAUGACUCCCAGUGAGAAGCUCGUGGCCAACGCCUUUGUGAUUGUCGUCCUGUCACUUCUCUUCUGGGCGCUGCUGCUCUACUUCCCACCCUUGCUCUACCAGAAAAUCAGCCGCCUCGUCUGGCUGUUGACCGGCCACAGUGGCCAGGAAGUAGGCACAGUUCUCGGCAUUCUCGAUAAACACGGCAAUCCACUCCCUGCAUUGGUGGCCGAAAAUGCUUUGACCCCUUGA